AUGUAUAUCCCGCUUGAUCAUCGUCGGGGCGGCGGCGGCGGCGGCGGCGGCGGGCGGCCCGGCCCCGUAUCAGAGAUCGAGCACGUCCUCUUCUUCGCGGACCACCAAGACGCCUCACCGCCCGCGACACGACGACAUCGACAACGAGCAGCAGAUAAUGAUGACGAAACCGCGAGGGCCGUCCUCUUGCCCCGCCAGUUCUCCAGCAACCCGAGCGACAACACAAACAUCCAGAUCGGCGUCGUCGUCGGCAUCGUGCUCGGCGCCUUCAUCAUAGGCCUCUGCGUCUUCCUCUACAUGUACCGCCACACCAUCCGCUUCCGACACCGACACCGCCGCCGGGGCGUCCGCAAGGCGUCGAGCAGCAAGAGCUCCAAGAGCUCCGACGCCGAGGCGCCGCCUCCGCCCGCCAACGCCCCGCCGCCACCGGAUGCGCCGCCGCCGGCGGAGGGAGCUUGA